AUGUCACGAUACUCUUUCCAGGAUAUUCAUGAUUAUCACGAUUCCUCUUCACCUGUAUCUGUAUCUGUCUCUCCACAAACAAUACCAUCAAGAUAUCAUUCACCUUCACCAUCACCAACACCAACACCACUAUCACCGUACGAUCCUCUAAAUCCCGCCUCAAAUUCAAUUCAUUUACCAACUCAAGAAAUAUAUAAUCAACAGAUUGGAAUGUCAAAUCCUUCAUUUUCACAUUCGCAACAAAAUUAUGAGGAAAUGGAACCUGUGAGUCCGAUAAUAGAUAGUCCACCAAUUCCUCCACCACAUCGGUCGUCACAAUCUAGUCAGGAAUCUAGAAUACGCAAUCAAAACAGCAACAACAAUAACAACAACACCAUAUCCGAUCAAUUCGGAAAUCAACCGACAGGAGGGAUAAACGGCGUUGCUAUGAGAAGUGUCGCAAAUUCAAAUGCCAGGCAAAGUGGAGUGGAUAUGAGGAGUACCCCGGGUUAUGAUCCAGCACAACCUUCAUACCGGGAGCCUCCAUUCCAACGUUCGUUGCCACGACAAGAUGUAUCAACAUCAUCUCUCACUCCUUUAAAUGCUGCUGCUUUCCCAACCGGAAUGUCGACUCCCUCUUCACAUUCGACUAUUUCUGGUCGAAAUCCUCCUUUAGAUCCAUACUCGGAUUCUCCUUACCCAUAUAAUCGAUAUUCCAGGGCAAUUGACCCGGAACUUGUGGAAUUCGAUCCUAAUAUAAUUGCAGACGACGGAGACGACGGUUUGGGAUAUAGAAGGGCUAAUAGAUCUUCUGUGCUAAGUUUAAAUAAAAUGUCAGAGGGUGGAACACGAACACCCCCGGUGGGGAAAGCUGUGGCAGCUGGUGGGGUGAUCGGAACAUUGGGAGGCCUUGUUGGAAAGAAGAAUGGGGAAAAUAUACAAUACAAUAAUGUUACAAAUGCACAGAACGGAUAUAGUGGGCCGGGCAAUUACGAUCUGAGUGUGGAAAAGAACGAAUGGUUAAAGAAACCACCAGGCGGUAAUAAGAAGAUGAGAUUAUGGAUUGCUUUACUGGUUGGAUUUUUGAUCGUAGGGGCGAUCAUUGGAGGAGCUGUAGGAGGUACACUGGCGGGCAAUUCGAAAUCGAGUUCGGGUUCAGGAACAAGUCAGGAUUCGACCAAUGGACAAUCCGCGUCGUCGGACACUUCACAGCAUGGCGAUCUCGACAAGAAUUCGGCGGAAAUCAAAAAGUUAUUGAAUAACCCUAACUUGCACAAAGUGUUUCCUGGAAUCGAUUAUACACCUAUGUAUACGCAAUAUCCCGCUUGCUUGACGUAUCCAGCAAGUCAAAACAACGUUACAAGAGACAUGGCGGUUCUUUCGCAACUCAGCAAUACCAUUCGUCUAUAUGGUACCGAUUGUAACCAAACGGAGCUUGUUCUACAUGCCAUUGAUCAACUGGGCUUGAAUGGUACCGUCAAGGUUUGGUUAGGCGUUUGGCAGGAUAGUAACGCUACCACUAAUACUCGACAACUCGAACAGCUCUACAGUAUCUUUGAUACACAUGGUCCAUCGUCAUUUAUCGGUGUUAUUGUUGGCAACGAGGUCCUCUAUAGAGAAGAUAUGACCGCCACCGAACUCGUAUCUAUCAUUGGAGAUGUCAAAUCUAACAUGACCACCCGCGGUAUUCACCUUCCAGUCGCCUCUUCGGAUCUAGGAGAUAAUUGGACCGCGGAACUCGCUAAUGCCGUCGACUUCGUAAUGGCUAACAUUCAUCCCUUUUUCGCCGGCGUCACUGCCGAACAAGGUGCAUCUUGGACAUGGGAUUUUUGGCAAAACCAUGAUGUGGCCUUCAAAACCAAUGCAUCCCAAAAUAUUAUCUCGGAGACCGGAUGGCCAUCGACAGGCGGUACUGAUUGUGGUGCUGCUACUACAUGUGUUGAGGGUAGUGUGGCAGGAAUUAGCGAAAUGAAUACUUUCAUGGACAAUUGGGUCUGUGAUGCGAUUACAAAUGGAACUAAUUAUUUCUGGUUUGAAGCUUUUGAUGAACCGUGGAAGAUUCAAUAUAACUCGGGAGAUCAAAAUUGGGAGGAUCACUGGGGUAUUAUGGAUGUUAAUAGAGUGUUAAAGGAUGGAGUGAAAAUUCCAAGUUGUGGGGGAAAGACAGUUUCGUGA